AUGAACCGCCUCGGCGUGCGUCGCUUCGCGACGACGGCCGCCCGCGCCAUCGACCCGCCAAGCGCAUACUCUCUCAACCUCUCCCGCGCGCAGGGCGUCGUCAAGGGCCUCACCGGCGCGAUCGGCAACACGCCCCUCAUCCGCCUCAACCGCCUCUCGGCCGAAACGGGUUGCGAAGUCCUCGGCAAGGCAGAGUUCAUGAACCCGGGCGGCUCCGUCAAGGACCGCGCGGCGCUCUACGUCGUCAAGGACGCCGAGGAGCGCGGGCUCCUCAAGCCCGGCGGCACCGUCGUCGAGGGCACGGCCGGCAACACGGGCAUCGGCCUCGCGCACGUGUGCCGCUCCAAGGGCUACAAGCUCGUCAUCUACAUGCCCAACACGCAGUCCCAGGGCAAGAUCGACCUCCUGAGGCUGCUGGGCGCCGAGGUCUACCCCGUCCCCGCCGUCGCCUUCGAGAACCCCGAGAACUACAACCACCAGGCGAAACGCCACGCGGAACGGCUCGACAACGCCGUCUGGACGAACCAGUUCGACAACACGGCCAACCGCCGCGCGCACAUUGAGACCACGGGCCCCGAGAUCUGGGAGCAGACCCAGGGCAAGGUCGACGCCUUCACCUGCGCCACGGGCACGGCGGGCACGCUGGCCGGCAUCACGCGGUACCUCAAGGACGUCAGCGGCGGGCGCGUAAAGUCCUUCCUUGCCGACCCGCCCGGCAGCGUGCUGCACUCGUACGUCUCGUCGGGUGGCAAGCUCGUCGAGCGCACGGGGUCCAGCAUCACCGAGGGCAUCGGCCAGGGCCGCAUCACGGACAACCUGAAGCCCGACAUUGGCCUCGUUGAUGGCUCGCUGACCAUCGCCGACGAGAAGAGCAUCGAGAUGGUGUACCGGUGCCUCGACGAGGAGGGGCUGUACCUGGGCGCCAGCUCGGCGCUCAACGUCGUCGCCGCCAAGGAGGUGGCGGAGAAGCUCGGCAAGGGCAACACCGUCGUCACCAUUCUGUGCGACGGCGCGUACCGCUACGCCGACAGGCUGUUCUCACGCAAGUGGCUCAGCGAGAAGAAGCUCCUGGGCGCGAUACCCAAGCAUUUGGAAAAGGUAGUCCUGCUUCUCCACCACUUCCUUGAUCUCGGUGCCCAACGAGCCGGCGAUCGCGUGCAACCUGUCGGCCAGCGGCUUCUCCACCACGCGCGCGGCCAUGAACAGGCCGUGAAGGAUCGGGCUCGCGUACGAGAGGUACUGCGUCCGGCUGUGCGCCAGGUACGCCACGCCGUCCACACGGUCGGCGUACGCCUCCUGCGGGUGCAGCUGCAACAGGCCCUUGCCGGCGGGCCACCCGUCGGCGACCUGCUUGGCGUACCGCGCGACCUUGCCGUCAAGGUCCUUGCCGUCGUUGUGCUUGACGGCCAGCACCGCCGAGAGGUGCAGCGCCGCGCCCAGGAUCUGCGGGUCCUUGAACAGCGGGAACCGGCCUUUGCCGCGCUUGGCGACCUUGCGGCCGUCGGGCGCGUGGUUGGCGUCCUCGAGCAUCUCGAGCACCAUCUCGCUCCACCGCAGCGCUUGCUCAGUCUUCUCCUUGUCCCAGUCGCUCUCCACGGCGCGCAUCUGCACAAAGUGCAGCACCUCGUUGACCUUUUCCGAGUUGUCAAGCCGCAGGCCCGUCUUGCGCACCUGCCGCGCGGCGUCGAUAAUGGUGUAGAUCUGGCCGCGCGCGCCGGCGAUGCGGAUCAUCUUUGCGAAAUCCGUCUGGCUGUAGUGGCGGCCGGCGUUGCGCAUGCCCGAGAGCAGGCGGGCAAAGUUGUUCCAGUCCUGGGGCGUCUGCAUCGCGCGGAGGGCCUUCCAGGUGACCUCGCGGGACGGGGGUAG